AUGGAGUCGCAAACGGAGUCGCAAACGGAGUCGGAAACCGGAGUCGGAAUCGGAGUUGGAAAUGGAGCCGGAAUCGGAGUUGGAAAUGGAGUCGAAAACGGAGUCGGAAUCGCAGCAGGGAACGGAGUCGAAAACCGGAGUCGGAAACCGGAGUCGGAAACCAGAGUCGGAAACCGGAGUCGGAAACCGGAGUCGGAAACCGGAGUCGGAAACCGGAGUCGGAAACCGGAGUCGGAAACCGGAGUCGGAAACCGGAGUCGGAAACCGGAGUCGGAAACCGGAGUCGGAAAACGGAUUCGGAAAACGGAUUCGGAAACGGAGUCGGAAACGGAAGUCGGAAAUGGAGUCGGAAAUGGAGUUGGAACGGAGAUGCAAACGGAGCCGGACACGGCGUCAGAAACGGAGUCGGAAACGGAGUCGGAAAUGGAGUCGGAAAUGGAGUCGGAAACGGAGUAG